AUGGGGGCGUCGGCUCAUCAGGCGCUGCAGCAGUUUCUGUCGAGGCGGCCGUUCACCGCCGCGGCCUGCGCCACUCUCCUCCGCCUCAGCACCGUCGUCCGGCUCCGCUCCUCUUCCGCUUCCUUCUUCCCCCUCGGUCCCUGUGCUUCCCUACCGCCGCCGGCGGGCCGGCGAGUAUUGGGCCCCGCGAUCUACACCAGCGAAUCUCCUUGCGGCCGCCGGCAGUUCUCCGAUGGUGUGGGUGUGCGGGCGGCGGCGCAGGUGAAUGAUCCGGGCGCAAUCGACAGCCCCCUGAUGCAGUCCAUGGAGAAGAAGGUGAACGCCACUCUUCUUCCGACCGUCGGAUUACUCCAAAUCUGAGCUCUAUGUUCCUUCGAAGCUUUUUCAUGGGGGAGCUAUCAGAGGGCCAGGGCAGUCAUUUAGCUGGCUAAAUCGAGUGAAGAAUGGAACGGUGGGGUUCUAAAAAUUUCCAAUAGGAGCGUGAGAUCUGGAAUACUUCCGGCACGUCGCUCGCUCGAUCUGGAAUACUUAUUGCGGGAGAAAAAACCCUAAUUUUUCAUUACCAGAUUCCGAGAAUUGUGCGAGAAAAAACAUCCGAUGCUCACUGGAUUCUUACCCAUGGACGUCCUCGUGGGGUAAGCCAGAGAGGGAGUGUGGAACAAUCUUCUAGGAGCUGUGGAAGGAUGGACAGCUCCUACCGCAGAACUCGAGCACCAUGGUCAAUGCCUGCCACAUCUGACAUUCUGCUAUCGACCUGUUUACAGAUCAAGGAGCAGCUGAAUGCAGACUUGGUGGUCGUAAAGGACGCCUAUGGAGAUGGUCGGCAUGUCAGGUUUGCCUCUUGAUAGCAUCUUCAUCUUUCUCACUAAAAAUGGCUCGGUGCCGGCAUACGCCAGGGAUUUCAGGUCCAUUGUGUCUAGAUGUAUACGCCAUUAUUGAAUCGCUGGGAAAAGGCAGAGAGAGGAUUCUUGUAUAAAAUCCAGGGAGUUUUGAGUCUCUUCUUCCCGAUUGCGUCGUAGCAAAAACUGUGGUUAAUUGCUCUGUAAUGGGGAGAUCACAGCGUCAGACCUUCAUCGAGAGAAAGGAGGUCGAAUGAUCACUGUGUGUAAUUGGUUUUGUUCUUAGAUGCAGUCAAGGAGUUUGGUUUUGUUUUGAAGAUGAGACCCAAUUUUCGGAGAGAAGCGAAGCUUAGUUUGUCUGAAGUUCCUCCUCCUCCAUGUGUGGCGGCGCUGCCGCGUUGACUCACGGCUCAGUGUGUGUGUGCAGCAUCGAGGUGGUGUCGUCGGCGUUCGAUGGCCAGUCGGCGGUGAACAGGCAGAGGAUGGUGUACAAGGCGAUAUGGGAGGAACUCCAGAGUACCGUCCACGCGGUUGACCAGAUGACCACCCGGACCCCGGCCGAAGCAGCCGCCAAGGGCGACUAG